UCAUAGCAAUAACAAAAGUGCCUCUGGAAGCGACGGUGUGGCGGGGACGACGAGUACAACAGGACCAGUACAAGGGUGUCAGUGUGUGUGUAUGUGUGUGCGUGUUUGCGUGUUCAUGUGUGUGUACUUGUUAUUGUUAGGUGCACAUACAGACCUACACGACACGACACGUACACGCUAAUGUUACGCACACGCCUUCAAGAAACUGCCUUGACCGCUUAGGAGAGAGAGAGAGAGAGAGAGAGAGAGAGAGAGAUGUACUGACAGACCUGACUGACAAAAAAAAAGACAUUGAAGAGUGUAAAGGAAAUAUCAAAACGAACCAAGAUAUUUGAAAGGAGUGAAAAAAAAUAAUAAAUCACGCGAAGAAGAGACAUAAAAGAAAAAAGUUCGUACAAGUGACAUAAGUUUACCUGACCCUCCGCCUUAACACCUUCGCAACGUAUCAACGAAAAAAAUAAAACGAAGAAAACAAGAGAAGUAGAAAUAAGAACAGCACAAAAAAACAAAGGAAAAAUCAACUUUGAAAACAACCGCAACAUAAUCUUAAGCCCCAGCCAAACUUUCCCGUGAGUCUUUGAGCACCUUACCUCACCUUUCUCCGCCGCCACGUCACGCCAGCCAACAUAUCAGCGUCGCACGUCACCGUAACAGACUUGAUGAAGCUAAGACUCGUCACAUCGCAAACAUACCUCCUCGUUAUCCAUAUCACAUCGCGGUUCGGAAGAUAGUGAAGAAAUUACUAUAGAAAACUAAGGAAAAGAACAUCUUGCAAACCCGUAACACGCCAACAGAAAACAUUAACACCCAAGAAAAUAUAAACUCAGACGAUCACUUAAUACAUAUGCGAGAAGAGAAAUAAAGAAAGAUAAUUUGUGAUCCCGUUAAAUCCCAAGAAACAAUCGCAUAACCACCAUCACCAUCAUCAUCAUCAGCCAUAAGAACAGCAAGCCCACCACGUCCCAGGCAAGAUGGCAGGCGUUCUCGGGAACUUCAUGCGCCACUCUCGGGCUCGCUCGGAGAUGCAGAGGCGCCGAGAGGCUCUUAAGGCCGAAAGAGAAGCCCGCAGCAAGAGUGGUUCCGUCGACGCAGUACCCAAGAGUCAGCAGGGGAAAGGUGUCGCCGCGCAGAAGGGAGGAACGCCCUCCAAGAACAACAACAAGCAGGUGUCCAAGCCCUCGGCCCAGAAGACCCAGGUGAAGCAGGCGCCGUCCAAGGUCCAGGGGAAGGGCGGCAAGAAGGGCAAGAAAGGACUCAAGCACCAGCAGUACGACCUGAUUGUCACCAUAGAUCUGGUUGAGUACGGGCUGACGGACGACCUGGUGGCGGAGUUCAAGGAAGCCUUCAUGCUCUUUGACAAGGACGAGGACGGCAUGAUCAACACGGCCGAGCUUGGCGUCGUGAUGCGUUCCCUUGGCCAGCGACCUUCGGACACGGAGCUGCGGAAGUUGAUGGGCGAGGUGGAGACGUGUGGCGACGGGAUCAUCGAAUUCAAUGAGUUUCUGCAGAUGAUGAGCAAGAAGUUGAAGGACAUAGGCAACGAGGAUGAGCUCAAGGAGGCUUUCAAGGUGUUUGACAAGAAGAACUCUGGCUACCUCUCGUCGACGGAGCUGCGCCACGUGAUGACCAGCAUGGGGGAGAAGAUGUCCGAGCAGGAGGUGGAGGACAUGAUCAAGGAGGCCGCCCCGAACGGUGACGGCCGGGUCAACUACGAAGAGUUCGUGAAUAUCAUCGCAAGAAAACACUAAAGCACUGAGGGAGGUGACCGACCACCACAACCUUGCAUACAUGUCGUGUACAUAGGUUUUUGUACUUUUGUAGAAUUAUUUUACCUAAUCUAUUUUGUUAGAACAUCAAACGCCCCUCAACGUGCAUGGAAGGCUAACAAUGGCCUCAACGCGGCACCGCCAACGGAUCGGUGUCUCCUGCAUCCUCCGCCGUGUGUCUAGCCGCCGCUCGACGCGAGACGCGGUGUGGCAAGGCUCCGCAGCGAGCCAGCGCCGCCGCUGUGGUGGAGCCGACAGCCACACGUCCUGUUGGUGGAAGGGAAGAGUGUCGAGGUGACGAUGACUCCAGCCGCCACAACGGUCCAUUGUCAGUCUUCUGUACUGCUGAAGAAUCAAAAUACAAUAACCUGUUUCAUUACGACGUGAAGAAGAGUUUUCUUUGCUUCAGAAAACAUGAGGACGGUGGGAGGGCGAGGCAGGGCCGGCGAGGCGAGGCGAGGCCGCGUCCUCGCGCGUGUCGGCAGCCAGCACUCCCGCGGCUUGUUUGUGUUGACAUUCACCUUUUUUUUCUUUACUUUUUAUUUUAUCGAAAAAUGAACAGGGAGGAAGACGUCUGUCAUUGUUGUUUUAGGAACCAAAAAGAAAAUACAAUUGAAGUGCAUUAAACAAAUUACACAAUAAUAUAUAAUGUACAUAUAUAAAUAUAUCAGUCCGUAUAUACUAUUUAUUGCAAAAUUAUAUUUUAGAAUGCUAGUGUCCUACUGUUUUAUUGUUAGUACAUAUAUAUAAACAUAUAUGGGUAUUCACAUAACAGUAGCUUUCAUGAAAGAAUUGAUGAAAAAAAUUGUAAAUUUUGUUGAGGUGAAGUACGCUCCAGGAAUGUUACCACUGUGUUGCUCAGCAAUACUAAAUUGCAGUGAUGAACACGUUACUAUGCCAAGGCUUCCAAAGAGGGGGCGGCGCCCCGCCAGCCCCCGCGCCACGCACAAACCUCUCACAGUGUUCUUCUCUCCUUGCCAAGGACCAGUUGAGCAGGUCGUGCCAUGAAAGCCAUGAGGAUAGGGGGAACACGCCACACAGAAAGACAGCCUGAUGGCGGGCUGGUGGGGCCGCGGCUCCUCCGGCUGGUGUCUGCGUGCCAGCCACGAGGCUGCGUCACCGCGGCAUAAACCCAAAGACUCCCUCUUUCCCCGGGGCAUUUCUUGGCUCGAGGCUCCCGCUCCCGCCGAAAAGAGAAGACUCGUCCUUGCCACCACUCUCAUCAAAGCAAAUUUUACUUCAUAUCGAGACAUGAGCACGACGCCCGCUAAUUCCUCAGCACGCAGGGUACGUGUGAACCCGACGAGCGCGAAGUGAACCACCAGUUUGCCGUCUUUGUCAAGGCACCGUCGGUGCGCCAUCCCGUCUCAGUUACUUCCACUCUCAGGACCACUAAGCCUCUUUUCUCAAAGCAUUCAAUUCCUGAUUUGUGGAAUUUCCUUGAAUAAAAUGAAUAACUAUAUUUUGAACGAUGCGAGAGUGUACAUAAUGAUGACGCAGAUGUUAGAGCUGUUACUUGUUCAAGGGUUGAGUGAGCAGCGUAGCGUGAGACACAGACGGCCCAAGAGGCUUCAUUCUUCCCUGUGUUCAUUUUCAUUGACACUCGUUCUCGCCCAGCGACCUGGUUCUCCUUCCUCAGUGUCAUGUUCAGUACACUUAAAACUGGCUGUCUUAUGACUUCUUAAUAUAAUCCAAUGCCUGGAGAAAGAAUCCAUCCCAAUCGAUGUUCAGUGUGUUGAGUCCAGCCUCGUCCAGUGCGUAAGCUUCCUCUCCUUCCGCGUCUCCCUGUUUCUGUCAUUCGUUAGAUCAAGACGCUUGAGUUGGCAUUCCGGUAGAUCGUAAGUGUUCUUUGUUAAGAGUCACCGUGUCUGCUUCUGUGUCAUUGUUCCCAGAGAGUAAUGAGCUUAAGUAGCGUUGAGGAGGCGGCUUGAGGCGCGGGUGUCCCGAGAGGACCAUUGUGUUGCCGGCACGUCCCUCGCGCCCUCGUGGAACGCCGGCAAGGAAUGGGUGUGCAGUGAGGAUUGACUCGCGUACGUAAGCCUACAGCGUAGAGUGGCGAGCAUGAUGGUUGAACACCCUGGGCCGAGGAUGGGCAGGCAGCGCUGAGCAGUGUGCCACAUGCUUGUGAUCACCAGCGAAAUAACUGCCCACCUCUUGGCCGGCGUGGGCGUGUCGGCAAGCACGGUAUUUUUUCGAUGGUCGUGUGUCCCGAUGCGUAAAGCGUUAUAUGGCGCCGGAACGUGUUUGUUGUAUCGCUGCCGUAGGCUAUGUUGUUAUUGUUGGGAAAGGAAUUUUAUCAAAACAGUAAUUAUUGAGUUCUGUUAUAGUGCAAUGUUUUCCCUGCCUGGAGCAGGUAGAGUUAAGGGUGCUUGAGCCAUGCCGAGCCGCGCUGUCCGCACGCCGCCGAGGCCAACGCUCCUGCGGUGCUGCAGUGCGGCCGUGCGACGGCGGCGCGGCUUGGGGUGUGGUGUGGCGGCAGUGUUGUGGACCAUGACUGUGAGGCUGCGGCGCGGCACCACCGGCAGUAUUGCGGCGGCACUCGGGUGUCUCGUGUCAGUGUGUUGCCCUGUGCCCCAGACACACUGUGGAACGCUUGGCAUGUAAUGUUGAAGGUAAAAUAAAAAGUAAUGCUGUCUAAUUUUGGUCUUCUCACAUAAUUACCGUUAGUAACUUAGAUAUUUGGUAAGAUUUUUCACGUCAAGCAUUGAUUUUCAGUAUCUGAGAACCACAGUUCCACAGAGGAGUACCAUGCUGCCGCCGAGACACCCGCGACCUGUUGCUGGCAAGUGAUGGAACUGUUUGUUACAAUUAAUCUCGGGUUACAGUCUGACGCGACAGUUUUCCAAAAGAGUGAGCAAGUGGUAUCGCGGCGGAGGGCCUGCGGGUGUUGGCCAUCAGCCCGAGGUUCCUCAUCAGGGCGUGGCCGAGGGAGCUGGCUGCCACCCGCCCGAGGCCGCCGGAUGUUACGGGCCGAGUCGAGAAUGGCUUCGGCAGGUAUGAAGGCCAAUUGGCCCUAUCGUCGUGUACUGUAUUCACCGUGUCACUCCGUCACGACUAAAUGUUCAAUAUCAGUAGUAGGGUGUCGUAAAGAGUUACAACAACAAUAGAUAUAUCUAAUAGUGAGGCAUUUGAAUAGAUAAAUGUCACAAGUACGUAUAUAUGAAUCUGUCUAUAAAAGAUAAUUGUAAGCUAGACAGCAAAACAACAACUCCAUAUUGCAAG